CGCCGCCGCGGCAGGGGCGGAGCCGGCACCGGGGCAUCCUCCCUUGGCCGUGUCCCUGCCGCCCGCCCGGCAUCGCCGCGGCGGGCAGCGCGGCGGAGGGUGCUGCCAGCGCCGGCAGGGAGCGAAGAUGCUGUCCUACAGCGUGCUGGACGCCAACGUGGUGGACGUGGAGAAGCGGAGGAACCCCUCGAAGCACUACGUCUAUAUCAUCAAUGUAACAUGGUCUGACCUGACUUCCCAGAUCAUCUACCGGAGAUACAGCAAGUUCUUUGACCUGCAGAUGCAGCUUCUGGACAAGUUCCCUAUUGAAGGAGGCCAGAAGGAUCCCAAGCAAAGAAUCAUUCCUUUCCUACCAGGCAAGAUCCUGUUCCGGAGGAGCCACGUCCGAGAUGUAGCAGUGAAGAGGCUGAAGCCCAUCGAUGAGUACUGCAGGGCACUGGUUCGGCUUCCUCCCCACAUUUCACAGUGUGAUGAAGUCUUCAGGUUCUUCGAGGCUCGCCCAGAAGACCUCAACCCUCCAAAAGAGGACUAUGGAUCUUCAAAGAGAAAAUCAGUUUGGAUGUCCAGUUUGUCUGAGACUCCAAAAAAGAGUGUCACUCCAGGUGCUGAUGCUAGCUCUGAACCCAUGAUCCUGGAGCAAUAUGUGGUGGUGUCCAACUAUGAGAAGCAGGAGAACUCUGAGAUCAGCCUGCAGGCUGGAGAGGUCGUGGAUGUCAUAGAGAAAAAUGAAAGCGGUUGGUGGUUUGUGAGCACAGCAGAGGAGCAGGGAUGGGUCCCUGCUACAUACCUGGAAUCCCAAAAUGGAACCAGAGAUGAUUCUGACAUCAACACAUCUAAAUUUGGGGAAGUUUCUAAGCGACGCAAGGCUCACCUGAGGCGCCUGGACCGGCGAUGGACGCUGGGCGGGAUAGUCAACAGGCAGCAGAGUCGAGAAGAGAAGUAUGUCACUAUCCAGCCAUACGCCAGCCAGGGGAAGGAUGAGAUUGGGUUCGAAAAAGGGGUCACCGUGGAGGUCAUCCAAAAGAACCUGGAAGGAUGGUGGUACAUCAGGUAUCUGGGCAAAGAAGGCUGGGCCCCAGCUUCAUAUCUGAAGAAGGCUAAAGAUGAUCUUCCAUCUAGGAAAAAGAACUUAACUGGGCCAGUGGAAAUCAUAGGAAACAUCAUGGAGAUCAGUAACCUGCUGAACAAGAAAUCAUCUACUGACAAGGAAGCUCAAGUAGAAAACGAGUCUGCAGAAACUCACAUCACCAAGAAGGAAAUCAGUUUGCCCAUCCUGUGCAAUGACUCUAAUGGCAAUGCCAUGAUGACUCCAGACAAACAGGCUUCCAAACUGGCCCAGGGAUCCCCAGCCAUAGCAAGGAUAGCACCACAAAGAGCUCAAAUAAGUUCUCCAAAUCUAAGAACAAGACCACCCCCACGAAGAGAGUCCAGUCUGGGUUUUCAGUUACCCAAGCCACCAGAGCCACCAUCCGUGGAAGUGGAAUAUUACACCAUUGCUGAAUUCCAGUCAUGCAUCUCUGAUGGCAUAAGCUUUCGUGGAGGACAAAAAGCAGAGGUUAUUGAAAAGAAUUCUGGUGGCUGGUGGUAUGUGCAGAUUGGAGAGAAGGAAGGAUGGGCUCCAGCAUCUUACAUUGACAAAAGAAAGAAACCAAAUUUGAACAGAAGAACCAGUACUUUAACCCGCCCAAAGGUUCCUCCCCCAGCGCCUCCCAGUAAACCAAAAGACUCUGAAGACGGAACAACUCCUGGAGCAGUGUCUUCAGGAGAUACCCAGGACUCUCCCCACAAGCUGAAAUACGAAGAACCUGAGUAUGAUGUACCUGCCUUUGGCUUUGACUCGGAGUGUGAAGUGAGUGAAAGUCACCAUGAAGAGGGCACUCCUGAAAAACGACUGUUUCAGCCUCUCAAGCCCUCACCUGUGUCAUCACUUCAGAAAGCUAAGUUCAAAGUAGGAGAGUCUUCAGAAGAAGUUGCUCAUGAAGAAGAAACCAUCUAUGAGAAUGAGGGGUUCAGGCGUUACGUGGAAGAUGCUUUGUCCAACAAAGAAUCUAGUGGGGAUUCGGAUUCUCAGAAAAGCUCCUCUCUGUCCCUGAUCCGAAGGAAUUCUCCAUGUUCCAGCUCUCCGAAAUCAUCACUCUUGAAGCUCAAGACAGACAAAAACAUUCAGCCUGAUCUUGGAAAAUGUCACUAUUCCAGGAGUGAGGAGACAAAACCAAGAUCAGCUUCAGAUGUCGGCUUACGUAGCGUGCCAAGAACAGGCAUGAAGAAAGAUCCCGGGCAGAGUCCUUCCAUCAGAGCAAAGCCAAUUGUUAGGCCCAAGCCCUUCCUGAGCAAGGCAGACUCUCAGAGCCAAGAAAAGAUGGAUAUUAGCACUUUAAGGCGUCAGUUGAGGCCAACUGGGCAGCUCAGAGGUGGACUCAAAGGUUCAAGAAGUGAAGAGUCUGCGAGCCCCCCCCGCACAGCUGAGAACCAGGAUGACCCUGUUCGGAGAAGCUCGGCUGAUGUCAUCACAGCUCCUUCCCGUGGCGUCUUCUGCUCCAGCCAGACUGCCAAAACUGAGCAAGAAAAUGACUCCAGAUGUUUCUAUGUGACCACUGACUCCUACCAAAAGGUACAGGAUUCUGAAAUUUGCUUCCCUGCAGGAGUAGAAGUGGAAGUGCUGGAAAAGCAAGCCAGUGGAUGGUGGUACCUGAAGUAUGGAGACAUGGAAGGCUGGGCUCCUUCCCAUUAUUUGGCUCUCCCUGAUAACCAACGAGAAACUACAUCAGCAGAGACUGAUUCUUCUUUUGCCAGGAACAAGAAAAAUGAAAACAAGUCAAACAGUUUAGAGAAGAUAGAGAAGAGGGUCCAGGCUUUGAACACCAUCAACCAGAGCAAACGUGCAACACCACCCAUCCCAAGCAAACCUCCUGGUGGCUUUUCCAAAGCAUCGGGGCCAGUUAAAAUGAGGAAUGGUGUGAGGCAACUUGCUGUCCGUCCGCAGUCAGUGUUUGUAUCUCCACCACCAAAGGACAACAACCUGUCAUGCUCCUUGCGCAGAAAUGAGUCUCUAACAGCUACAGAUCAACUUAGGACCGUCCGUCGGAAUUCCUCCUUCAGCAACGCGUGGUCGCAGCCCGGUGACACAAAGGGACAGCAGCCGGAGCGGCUGGGCACAGAGAGCUCUGAGACCACCUCCAACCUCCCCACGCAGAGGAAUGGGAUCCCUGUGUCCACAGUCAGGCCAAAGCCCAUUGAGAAAUCCCAGUUCAUCCACAACAAUCUCAAGGACAUCUAUGUUUCCAUUGCGGACUAUGAAGGGGAUGAGGAGACUGCGGGGUUUCAGGAAGGUGUCUGCAUGGAGGUCCUUGAAAGGAACCCAAAUGGCUGGUGGUACUGCCAGAUAAUGAAUGGUGUGAAGCCAUUCAAAGGCUGGGUGCCCUCAAAUUAUUUGGAGAAAAAGAACUAAUGUUGCAAUAUCUUUAACCUCCCUAAUUUAUACUGUUCCUGCUGUGUACAUGUGGAAAAAAACAAUUGCUACACAAAAAGACGUUUUCCUGUGCUCCAGUUUGUACAAAGGAGUCUGUAUGAGGACAAAUCUGCCAUGUUCUGGAGAGGUUUGUGGGGUUUACAUGUUGUAAGCAACUACAAGGAAGAUGCAGCAUAGUCAAAUGCCUUUUUGUGAAGUUGUUAAUAAUCUUGUAUGUGUAACAGGGUAUGACAUCCCAUCCUUCCCAUUGAUAGGAAACCAAAUGUGUGCCUUUUGUGAGAGAAAUACACAUGCAUCUACCUGGGGAGUUCUGUGCCAAACUGUUUUACAAUCUUGGCUCCCUUUCUCCUCAUUUUUGUCAAUACGUGGAAUACCCAAGAAUUUUGGAUGCUUUUCCACAGCUUAAAGUGAGAAGCAAAUGAAAGUUUCUGAAACACAGAGGGACUCUAAUCCUUUAGAGAUGUUGUUCACGUUUUUGGUUGUUGUGGGUUUUUUUGUUUUGUUUUGUUUUGUUUUGUUUUUUUUGGUUGUUGUUUUUGGGGGUUUUUUUGUUUUUUUGUUGUUGUUGGUUUUUUUACUCUACUCAACAGAUGGUAGGUCCAGAGUUGGAGCCUUUUCAUCAUGGAGAGUUUUGGUCUCUGACUUCAGUGUUGUUACGGCUAACUCACCGGAAAAGGCCGUCAGGUGGUGUGGGUUGGGGGCUUUUUGUUUCCUUUCAUUCUGUCUUGUUCUUUGAGUUGGGAUUUCAGGUGUUCAAGGGCAGUGAUGCCUACUGGUGCUUGUAUAAACAAAACUACAAACCCCUUGCUUAAACACGUCUGUUGCUGUGUAGGCUUCAUGUUUGGUUCUGUGCCUGACUCCUGCCAGGUGACACUGGUUGAUUCUCUUCCCAGAGUUAGGUUUCUCAAAAGUUAUCAAAGUCAACAAAGUCCCUUAAGACGCUAAAGACAAAGCUGUCAGAUGUGUUUAUUCUUAUUUUGCCCUCUGGUCCAAAAUCCAAGGGUGCUGAUUGCUGGCAGGGCCCACCAAGAUAUUAGUGAGAAAAAUUUGUAACCUUCUGCAACAUCAGUGUUUACAAUGAGUUGAAAAAAAAAAGCCAUCAAACUCAGUCUGCACAUAAUUUGUAUAUUUUGGGGGAAUUACUUUUGUGUUUUGUUUUUGUCAUUUCUGUGCUUCUGGGUUUACUGUAUUUUCUUAGUGUGCAUGUCUGGUUUUACCAGAAAAGACUUAAAACUGAACUAGGAGCCAAAUAUGUGUUUCUGUUCCCACUUGAAUCCAAAGAGUACAUUUGUACUGGAAAUUGGACCUGGGCUUAUCAGUCUCAGAGAUUUCAUAUCAAAGCAAUUUGGUCUACAAUGCAUCUAACCAGGAAGCUGCCUCUUCUAGUUCCAGUUCUGUUUGCCUUUACUAACUCGUACUUUGAAAUGUGGCACACAGUGUAGGUGGGGUGUGAAGUGGAAAAGGUACCCAUUUGAAGAGGCUAGGAACAUGGAAUUAUUUGUGAGGUAGCCUUGUACAGUAAACAUAAUUUACUAAAUCCCUACUGAGCUUAAGGAAGUCAUGCUUGGGGGUUUUCUUAAAUGGCCUUGUUAAUCACUCGAGCUCAAUAUCUAAUUCCUUUAAAUAAUAGGCAGCAUUGUAAAACUGUUCUAAGGGAAGAUGGGGGGAGGGGGAGAAAACCAUUUCACUACUGGUUUACACAAAGCAUUACAUGUCCUUUUUUCCACCAGAGUUUCAUACUGAUUUGGCUUGGAUGUUAAAGGUUAUAAAGGCUUCAAAAUAGCUGGGAUCAAGGGGCUGAGUAAAACAGCACAACAAGACCAUAUGUUACUGGGGAUGUUUCACUGCCAAAAAAAAAUAGGAAAUUUAUAUGUCAUUCUUGUCUUUUUCAUUUUUUUCCUUUGUUCUUUUUUUUUCUUUUUGUGUGUAUGUGUGUGUGUGUGGUUUGGGGGUUUUAUUAAUUUCCAUGAUAACACUGAGAGAGUUGCCUACAGCUAAUGUGGCUGAUGUCCUUUUGGUAGCUGAAACAGCAUCCAGGUGCCACAGCUACAGGCUACAAACAGUGCUGUGGUUCGAGCAGCUCUCUGCGUGCAGGUGGGGAGGGGAGGCUGUUUGUUUGGGAUCCCUUUAAAUUGUGGUGGCAGGAGAAGGAGGUGUAACUGCACAACAGCUCAUGUCCCAGUGCGGGGUCCUUUUGUACCUUAAUGUCUCACCAUGCGAUGUGUAAGGGUAUGUCCAGUUAGCUUCAUCCCACUGGAUGUGUGUCUGAGACAUUGUGGCCCUGUCUCUCAUACUUCUCCCCAUUUUUAGUUGUACUAAUAAGGUAGCAGCCAUAAAAGACUGCUGGAGCUGUUGUGAGAUUAUAAUAGAAGUAUUAUAUUCUUCUGCUGGACAGUAUUAAAUAGAGCAAUACAUAGAGUUAUCUGCUAGAUUGCAGUACUAAUAGUAGUGACUUAGUGAUUCGUAUUAAUGUUAUGAUUUAUUUUAACAAUAAUGAUGCGGAAGUGGUUCAUUAUUUUGAAUUAAUGCACUUUAACAAUAAAAGAAACCAAAAUGGAAGCCAAUGCAGAGAACUAAGUGCAUUAUUUAAAGGUGCAGUAUAUAAUUAUCAUUUUCUUGAAGCACAUAUUUAUUAAGAAUUAACUUAUUAUUUAAAAUAUUCUAAAGUUUUGUUUAAAGACAUUCCCACUAGGUCAUCUCUUUGGGGGGAUGUAAAGCACAGCUCCCAGAUCUUCUGCAUUGAGCCACUGAAUUCUCUGAGUAUGGUAUGGUCUGACACGAGCCCCUAUCCAAGGAGGGAAGAGCAGCAAGGAGACAGAAGAGCCCAGACUACUGGAAACACUCACAUUUGCAUCCAGCAAAGCCCAGCCCUGGGCACCUCUGAGCUGCAGGAGUCCUUGCAGGGUGUGGGGUGGCACAAGUGUUUCUGGCAGACACUUCCAGUGCCUGGCUGCCAUGUGCCUUGCACAGGGCUGGCCCUGGUGGAUGCAAGUUCUCCGUGGGGCUCAGGUUAGGAGGCUUCAGGAUCUGCCUGAGACAGACGUCUGUCUGUCCCACAGCUCCUGUUCCAUCUUGCUGGCUUGCCUCUACAGCUCUGGCAUGGGCUGCAGAGCCACACUUGUGGCCUCUCUCUGCCCUCACCUGUACCAGCAAAAAGGAUGGGGUGCAGAUGGCCUACUUGGUGCCAGAAAUUAUUGUUGGCCAUCACUUGGCAUGCUGGCUUCCACCCUGGUGGAAAAGCUUCCAUUUGGGCUUCCCUUCACUUGGUAGUUGUUUGGGCUGCUUGUGUUUAAAAUGGCGCUUUUAAAACAAAUACUCCCAAUGCAAUUUUUCCCACUCCUGUCUUACCAUUGUCAUAGCAUCUCUCGCAGAGGUGUUCUCCCUUUUUUUGAUGCUUUCAACUGAGAGAUAUCAGGAAAAUAAUUAUUUUUUUCCAUCAGUGAGCAGCUAGUUGUGGUCAGUUCUACUGAUACCCAAAAUAGCAAGCCCUUCACUCUUAGCUGUGAAACAGGGAAAUGCCUUAAUAAGCUACAUCCAAAAAGCUGACUGCAGGGCAGGAAAACCUGGCAGAGUACUCAGAGGGCAGUGUAGUGCUAGAAAUGUUUUAGCUCUUUUCUAAAAAUGUUAAUGUCGCCUUUUAUUUACUAAAUUUGUCAGAACUGACACUGGAUCAAGAGCAAUAUUUAAAUGUAAUGUACACCUCAGUGAACACUCAAUGCAGAAAUCAAUAGUACUGUUUAAAUUUCUCUUUCAGAUUGUUAAGAGUCUGCAGGGCUUGAGCAAAGCCAUUUGCAGCUGAAGGGGGCCCUCCUCUGGGGGGAGAGGCAGCUGCUCGUGCUGUUUUGCUCUCACCUACUCUCUGUAUUUUCCAAAAAGUCUUGAAUUUGGACCAGCAGAAAUUCCAAACUCCAAUGCCAGAGAACAAAAUUAAAGAAUGUGAAAAUUGUGUCUUGCUGUAUACUGCAACUUUAAUAAUAAUGAGCACUUCUGAGUUCGUUAUUGAGGUUUAUAUAAUGCCUGAAAAGUUUAUUUGCUGGUUUCCCUUGUCUCCCCUUUCAAAACACUUUCUCAUAACAGCAAGUCAUGCAUUUUGUUAGGAGUCCUUCCCCAUGGGCGGCAAUUCCUGUUCAUUGUUUUAGCUGUCACCCCAUACAAUGGGUGAGUGUAGUCCUAUGUACCAGUCCUUUGCAAGCCAGACCUUUCAAGAUAAAAGAGAUGAUGGGCACACGUUGGGGUACUUAACUGAUGUGUCAACAGGAAGUUUUUUAAUUGAUGCAUUCAAUAGUAGCAAAUACACAAUAAGGAAAGAUUGGAAUUGUCUGGCACCUAGACUCCUCAAAAUGGAAAUUCACACCUGCAUGGGUAUAGCUAAAAAAUGCAUUUGUCCCUUGUGGAUGUGUACCCCAAAGACUCCUUCCAUUAUGAUGUUAUAAAGUUUGACGAAGGCAUUAUAUAAUUGUUUUCAUCACUUUCAGAUCUUAAUGAAUCAUAUUUUAUUGUAAUAUAUAUUCAUUGCUUUCCUCAGUUAAAAAGAAAGUUACUGCUUUUAUCUUAUAUGAAAAACAAGGGAAUUUGAUAAAGCAUUCAUUAUUUUCAUAUUCCUAGUAUUAACAGAAUAGAACUAGUACUAUUUAAUUUUAGAUCUUCAUAGCUAGCUUGUUAAUAACUCAUAUUUUCCUGUGUUGUAUCCUACUAUUUUUUCUAUUUUUUCCCAAAUAUUCUGCAUUCUUGAGAAAAAGCAAAUCCAAUGAGUGGAUAAGUGCAAUAUUCAUAGAAUAAACAGGCCCCUCAUCCAGGACUUGGAGUGGAACGUGCAGUGUGAAAUGUUUGCAAUUCUCUAUUCAUGCACUCUUAGGGAAGGGGAAAUUCAGGAGAGGGGGCAACUGGAUGAAAACAGGACCCUUGGGUGGGUAGAGACUGACAGCUGGGGUGGCUUGGGUUGGGAAUGGCUGCUUUCCAUAAACAAGUACCACCUGUUAGUGGAAGUAUAAGGACUAUGCAGCAUGGUAUAGAAUGUGCAUUAACAUCCUUAUCAAUACAGGACUUCUGAGCUAUGCUUGAAACACUCUGUGUGUCAUCCAUGCAUGAUUCUGAUGAUUCUGUCUUCUGGUUUGUUUCUGCUGGUUACGUCCUCUGUUGCACUUCAGAUUUGGUGGUAGCUUCAGAAGGGAAAACAAUUCUGCUGGUGCAGUCCCAAGUUUGGCUACUACAUUGUUACUUGUAUUUAUUGCAAGAGCUAUGGGAAUGUUUUUACACAGGUCCUUACUUUUCUGUCCUUAUUGUUAACCUAAGAAGAAAAAGUCUCUCUUUUAUCUAGGUUAAUUCUCACCUGCAAAUUUCACAGAUGUUUUGGAUAUUGAUUUCUUAUUUCUUGGCUUGCAAAGGUGGAUCUCUCAGGUCCUAAAUAAAGUUGGGCAGAAACUUUGCUCUUCAAAAGAGGUAUUGUCUUAAAUUCUAUUUGAAUGGAAGGAGAACUUCCAUCUGUCAAAAAUAAUGUGACUUUACAGGUAGCAGCAAAAUCUACUACCUUUGAAAAACUGGACUAUUUUUGUAAGGUGCAAGAGAAAUGUGAAAGCCAGAGCACUUGACUCUCUGAGCUCUGGAAAGUACAUCUCCUGUGGCUCUAGUUCAUUACUCUGGAGAGAUGUACCUCAGUUUUCUGCUUAAUUUUUGUCCUGCUGCUCUUAAGUUUGUUAAAAAGCCUUAAUAUUACCAGAGACCUUUGCAUUCAAACAGAAAAACUGAAUUCUGCAGCUGGACUGAAACAGUAUCAAACACAUGAUUUUGGAAAACCUCUAAUACUUUACCAAUUAGGAAUCUGGUUUUGAGGAGCCAGCUUAAUUCUUCACAUGCUCUUGCCAGUCUAAACUGGCAAGAGGCCCACGAGCAUCAGUAGAGUUACACUGACAGAAGACCCUUGUGGGUGCUCAGCAUGGACCGUUCUCAGCACAAGCACGCUCUGUGCACUCUGCUCCUACACCUCCAAAGGGUGCGCAGGUCUGCUUAGCCUUGGUGCUGCUCUGCCAUGAUCCACUGUGCUGCAAAUCUUGCAGCUCUUCAAAACCAGCUGGAGCUUUGCUGCUAUUUGCUGGUGCUCUUCCGUCACCAGCAGCUCCUUCUCUGUCAGCUUCAGAUGCUAUUUAGCCACGUAGUGAAGUGCUGUGCAUCAGUGCAGUGUUUGAUAGCUGCCAUCAGUACCAGUAUGAUGGUCUGAGAGCUUAUGUUUGUCUAAGUUAUUUUAUUUGCUUUUUGUUGCUUGCUAGAAGCGGGGACCAGCACUGCGAUGAUGCAUGGGGAAUGUGUCCGCACACUUGAACUGUUUGAUGGCCUCUGCUGACGCUGCCCAGUGCUUGUGUUGCUCUUUCUCUCCCUCUCUGCUGCUCAGUAGUCGUGUCUGUUGUGUGUAAUUUUCAAAUAAAGUACUGUACAUAAGGCCGGAUCCAGAAGCCCCCAGUCAGCUGACUUAGGGUUGGGAUGUAGGUUGCUGUUGCUGCUUUUCCUCCUCCAUCUAGGACCCAAUUUGGAGCAAAGCACAGGUGUCUGUGAAAAGUCACCCGUAACUCUGCUUUCGGGUGUCAGUUUUGCAGGGUGUGCCAAGGGUGGAACGAGGAGAUCUUUUCUCUUGGGUGCCCUUGCAGCAAUUCCUGGCGCGGAAGCUGCGCCGCACUGCGUGCGGACACGGCUGGCACAGUCAGAACUAAUUAGUUUCCCCCGUUUUAUAUUGUCAGGGCUGGGCUGGUCCCAUCAACUAUGUUCUUCAUUUGUUCUUGCAUCAAGGUAGUGUUGAUUUUUAGUUGGAGAGUGCAAUUUUUUUUCUGUUUUGUGUUUGGUUUUUUUAUAAAUAAAUUUGGUUUAAAGCUUCACACUGGCGUUUUACAGACCUGUUUUGUCAGCAUAAGCCACUACUGUCCUGAGUUGAGACUCCUGUUUGUUACUGAAUUAAAAUUAUGGGAAUUAUGGUGAUCAUUUGGAAUGAAAUUAGAAAAGAAAUUAGAAGUAACUAUAUUGGCAGGGGGAGAGAUAGAUAAAAUAUGAGGAAAAAGAUGUUUCUAAUAAGGCCAUGAACUUUUUGGUCUGACACUGCAGGUGCUUUCUCUGUAUAGAUGGGUUAAAUACAUCACUGCUCUGUGACAGGAUUUUUUGUUAUUGACAAAAGUUGAUUUUUUUCAGUCCCUAAUAUACUAGAUAAUCUGUAUCCUGAAGCCACCUAUCCACCAAGAGAAGACAAACGCAGGUUAUCUGCUUGUUGUACUUGAGGCAGUUUGUGUAUCUGGGAGUUUGCAUGCACCGAGGUUCAGCUGGUGGUCUGGGCAAGCAUGGCUGUUCUGGACCUGUCCAUGUUGGCAGGAACAACCCAGUGCUAGCAGUGCUUCUGGAAAAAUGUUGGCUUUAGUGACCUUUCCCUGAUCCUCGGGGUUAUUUGCUUACAAUGGUACCUGUCCUGGUCCCUGUUUGGUGGAGGAGAAAAAUGGGUGGAAGGGAGAAUCACUUGGCACUGUAAGAAAUUUUUUAAAAUAUAACAUUUAAUAUUUAGGUAAAUAUUUCAUGUUUCUCCAGAUAUUCCCCAUCAAAGCUGUUAUUGACUCUGUAUUUGAUGACUGAAAAGUAAGCAAUGUGGCAGCAUUCUUUGUGCAAACAGUUCUUUUGUGGUUGGAAAGCUUGUUCUUGAACUGCUUCUGGGUCACCAGGGAAGUAGUAAUAACUAAACAAAAUCCCAUCAUCACCCCAGGGUGAUGAUGGGAUUUUGUUUCUUUAUUACUUGGGUGAUGACUAGAGGGACAUUGAAUUCUGUCCUGACUCUGAGUCCCCCAGAACACAUUAAUUUGGUUUGUUUCUGUCCCCUUGAAGCAGGACAGAAAAGAAUAGUGCAGUCACUGGAGCUUAGUCUGUAGAAAUUAAUAAACUGGAACAAAUAAAAAAGAAAAGAAAAAUAAACCUUUUUUAAAAUGAAGUAUUUCAGUGAAUAGGUGACUUAACUACUUCCUGUCCUGGACUUUCAGGGAAGGAGGAAGUUAAUUCUGUUUCCAGUUACUAGGAGGAAUUUUUCUGUGUCAUGCUGAACAGGCUUGCUGUAAAGUCCUGCUCAUUACUCGUGAUGAGUUCAAACCUGGAAUAUUGCAAAAGCUAAGUGUGUGUAGCAUUACAAUGACUUUUUUGUACUGAGGGUCUGAAGUGAGUGUUGGGGUCAGUAGUGUACAAAGUGCAUUUCUGCUGUCUGGCUGACUUGCACAUGAUGUCAGUGCUGUUCCUUCAGUGCAGAUUUAAUUGUAGACAGCAGUGCUUAUUGCUCUGCUAGCAGUGUUUAGGGAGAAUAAUGUAAGUGAGCCUCCUCACUUAAGGCUCAGUAUCAAAUAUCAUAUCAGGAGAAGUCCUGCCAGCAGCUUGAUUGAUUGCUGCUUAGGCUAAAGGUCAGAUGUGGGUAACUCCAGGUGCGUGCUGAAAGCAGCUCAGGUGCCUGUGUACAUCUGUAGCUGUUUCCAGAGCUGUUAAUUAGCCCAGAUUGUCUCUGCAAACUGUGGGUAGUGAGUUACUGGGAGUCUAAACCUAUUGGUGAAGGAAGGCUGAAAUUUGUUUGAGCUAUUGUGCUCCUCUGCAUUAGCAGAGCAGUGGCACAUGUCUGUAUGGAAGCUCCUAGAGGUUUGCUGUCCCAAAGUUUUAGUUGACCAAAAAGAAAAAAAAAAUAAAAAA